AAACGUAAAACACAAUGUUUAGGAAGAGUACUUAUCGUUGCCUACACUGAUACCGAUUGUUAGUCUCUUUCCUUACCGUGUGGUUUGUAAACUGUAACACAAAUAUGAACAAGAUCGAGUUGAUAAAGUUAUCUGAAUAUGACAACCGUCUACCGAGUCUUGAAGAAUUCCUUACUGAGUUGGAAAAUAUGAGCCUGAUGGAAUGUGGUGCGAUUUGCUUGAUGAACAAGUUUAUGUGUGCAGGAGUUUUCUAUAACUCCUUAACCAAAUUCUGUAAGCUCCCAAAAGAUUACCCAAGCAAACCAAAAGAUGACGGUUUUCAGCCUGGUUGGGGGUUCUGGAAUAUAGGAAGCCAAGAGGGGACUGAUUCUACUGAACAAAUCUGGAUUGGUGCAAGCGAUGAGGCUAUCGAAGGCAUCUUCAUAUGGAGUAAGACGAAUUCUACUUUGAUGAAAUUUUCGAAUUGGAAGAAAGCAGAACCAAACGACCUUCACGGCGAGGACUGUCUUACCAUUACACCCAAAACAAGAGAGUGGAACGACCGCCAUUGUUCAGAAAUCGUCAGAACCGUCGCCAUUACAAAAACUGGAAAUUCGCCGCCUCCACCUGGAGGUGGCAUUAUCGGAUACAGAAUAGUUGGCAAAUACAAUGCUGUAUACAGGGCUAAUACAGAAUGGAAAGUAGCUCCACCCACCACAGUCCCGUUCUGUAUUACUAAUACAGAACAAGUCAUGAGUUUUCGCACGAACCCCUGUAGCAGUGGCCAGGACGUGAUGCGAUGUGACUUGUGUAAGACCAAUGUGGUACAGAUGCAAUGUGGUACAUGUCUUGUCAACCUGUGUAAGGCCUGCGUGGGAGAACACUUUUCUGCUGAUCUCUCAUAA